AUGACUGCCCCGUUGUCCGCCGCGCAGUGGCAGACACGCGUUACUUUUCACGCCCCCACGUUCGUAAUCGGCGUUGUGACAGGUGUCGUUCUCCUAUUCGUCCACCAGCACCUCACCUCCACCGUAGCCGGCGGUUUCGGCGGCACGCCGCCCGCCGCAUUCUUCCGCAACUACUACAACGACAGCAACGGAGACAAUUCCGCGCAUGCGGCGGAGGACGCGGCGGCGGAAAAAGGCGGUCUGGACGUGGCUCGUGGGGGGUGGAAUGGCGGGGGCGACGUGUUGCCAGGGCUGAUGGCGGCGCGUCACGUGGGGUACAACACGAGCGCGGGAGUGUCGGAGGGCAAGCUUAACGUGCACAUCGUGGCGCACUCGCACGACGAUAUGGGGUGGCUCUCGACCGUCGAUCAGUACUAUGUGCGCGCCGCGCCGCCGCCGGGAAUUGCGGACGGUGGCAUACCCGGGAGGCGCGAUGCGAUUCCUGAGAUGAACGUGAUGGCGAUUUCGAACCAGCACAUUUACCACCGCCCUUUCACACCCCCUCCCUCUCCUUUCCCCCUUUUCCUCUUCCUCUCCCCUCUAUUCCCCCCCUUCCUUCCCCUCCCUUCUUCCUCACCCCCUUCCCCGUUUCCCCCCCGGCGGGUGCCGCCUUCCCCUCCCCUGCGCACAGGCGGAGAAGGUGGCGAGCAUCAUAGACUCGGUGGUGGCGAACCUGGAGGUGAACCCACACCGCAAGUUCGUGCAGGUGGAACAGGGUUUCUUCUACCGCUGGUGGCAGCAGCAGUCGGACUACAUGCGCGCACGAGUCAAGACCCUCGUCGCCAACAAUCAGCUCCUCUUCACGUCCGUCUUUCUGCCCUGCCCUGCCCUGCCUUGCCCUGCCCUGCCCUCCAUGAUCGCACGCACGCACCCCUUCUCUCCGUUCCAACCCUCCUUUCUCCAUCCCCUGCCAUGCCAUCCCUCCUUUACCCCCUCUAUUCUUGCUCCUCUCCUCCCCUUCCCCUCCCUCUGGCCCCCUUGCACGCCCACCACCACCACACCUACCUGCUGCGCCCACUACCACGUGUCCUCACCACACCUCCCUACCCAUCUUCUCCCCCUAACUCUCCACUCCAUUCCCCCCUCUAUGCCGGCGGGUGGCUUGGCAUGGCAGCAACGGCGGGUGGGUGA